AUUUCUUGAGAGGAACGAAACUUGUCGAUUCCCGUCUAAAACCCCUGCUGUUACCUUACCUCCUCACAUCUGUAGAAGAAGAAUCAUGGGUCAGGGAACUCCCGGAGGUCUGAACAGGCAGCUUCCCGGAGAUCGGAAAAACGAUGACAAGAAGGAGAAGAAGUUCGAGCCGGCGGCGCCACCUGCCCGCGUCGGACGCAAACAAAGGAAGCAGAAAGGCUCCGAGGCGGCGGCUCGGCUUCCGACUGUCACUCCGCUCACCAAGUGCAAGCUCCGGCUCCUGAAGAUGGAGCGCAUCAAGGACUAUCUGUUGAUGGAGGAGGAGUUUGUGGCCAAUCAGGAGCGAUUGAAGCCCCAGGAGGAGAAGACCGAAGAGGAUCGAUCCAAGGUCGAUGAUCUCCGAGGAACGCCGAUGAGCGUUGGUAAUCUGGAGGAGCUGAUUGACGAGAACCACGCCAUUGUUUCUUCUUCCGUGGGGCCCGAGUACUAUGUCUCUAUCUUAUCGUUCGUCGAUAAGGAUCAGCUCGAGCCUGGAUGUGCAAUUUUGAUGCACAAUAAGGUUUUGUCUGUAGUUGGGCUUCUUCAAGAUGAUGUUGAUCCCAUGGUAUCUGUAAUGAAGGUUGAAAAGGCUCCUUUGGAAUCUUAUGCUGAUAUUGGUGGAUUAGAUGCACAGAUACAGGAAAUUAAGGAGGCGGUUGAGCUUCCAUUGACACACCCUGAAUUGUAUGAAGACAUUGGUAUUAAACCUCCAAAAGGAGUAAUUCUGUAUGGAGAGCCUGGCACUGGAAAAACUUUGCUUGCAAAGGCAGUAGCAAACUCCACUUCUGCAACUUUCUUGCGAGUUGUGGGAAGUGAACUGAUCCAGAAGUACUUGGGUGAUGGUCCCAAGUUGGUGAGGGAACUGUUCAGAGUUGCUGAUGAACUCUCGCCCUCCAUUGUCUUCAUUGAUGAAAUUGAUGCAGUUGGUACUAAAAGGUAUGAUGCACACUCAGGUGGUGAGCGUGAAAUUCAGAGGACCAUGCUGGAGCUGCUUAACCAGCUAGAUGGUUUUGAUUCUAGAGGAGAUGUUAAGGUAAUUUUGGCAACCAACAAAAUUGAGUCUCUUGAUCCUGCACUGCUUCGCCCGGGUAGAAUAGAUAGGAAGAUUGAAUUCCCUCUUCCUGAUAUCAAGACAAGGAGGCGCAUUUUCCAGAUCCACACAGCAAGAAUGACAUUAGCUGAUGAUGUUAACUUGGAAGAAUUUGUCAUGACCAAAGAUGAGUUUUCUGGUGCUGAUAUCAAGGCUAUUUGCACUGAAGCUGGAUUGCUCGCUUUAAGAGAGAGGCGUAUGAAGGUGACACAUGCAGAUUUCAAGAAAGCAAAAGACAAAGUUAUGUUCAAGAAGAAAGAGGGGGUCCCUGAAGGGCUCUACAUGUAAUGAUAUCUCUCUCAUUACAUCUUUAGCUCUGCCAAGCAUAGUGAGUUUUAUUCUUUUCCUUGAAAGCUUGAAGCUCCCUUGUACUUUUACUUGUGUCAGAGAACACCAUCUGCCUGAUUCAUAGCCAGCCAUCUUUUCUUACUUUGAACUUUUAUCUCAGAAAUUCUCUCCUCCCACUACCUGUAUGGGAUGAUUCUAUUUGGGCUUUCUAUUAAUUUUAUCUGACUUGUUUUUGGUUUUAGACUAUUAA